GCGAGCCCGCCUUCCUCUCUCUCACGUGCCCCGCUUUUCCUCUGACCCGCCCCGCCCACCCUCUUCCUCUCGGCUCCAUAUUGAGGCUGAAGGAGGCUAAAUCCAGUCACAAAAUGGAGGUUAAAAGGAGCAACUGAGUCAGAACGCUCUCCAAAAAUGGCGUGUAAAGAUGAGAGAGAGGCUGAAGAUUACAAGAGGAGGGGAAGAAGAUCUUCACAGGGCUACGAUCCUAAAGAACCCGAACAGUUGAGAAAACUGUUUAUUGGUGGCCUGAGCUUUGAAACUACAGAUGAUAGUUUAAGAGAACAUUUUGAAAAAUGGGGCACUCUCACAGAUUGUGUGGUGAUGAGAGACCCACAGACGAAACGUUCCCGAGGCUUUGGCUUUGUGACCUAUUCUUGUGUGGAAGAAGUAGAUGCUGCUAUGGCAGCCCGACCACAUAAGGUUGAUGGGCGUGUGGUGGAACCAAAGAGAGCCGUUUCUAGAGAAGAUUCUGUGAAACCUGGUGCUCAUUUAACAGUGAAAAAAAUAUUUGUGGGAGGAAUUAAAGAAGACACAGAAGACUAUAAUUUAAGAGAUUACUUUGAAAAAUACGGCAAAAUCGAAACCAUAGAAGUAAUGGAAGACAGACAAAGUGGAAAGAAAAGAGGGUUUGCCUUUGUAACAUUUGAUGAUCAUGAUACAGUCGACAAAAUUGUUGUUCAGAAAUACCACACUAUAAAUGGACAUAACUGUGAAGUGAAGAAAGCUCUCUCCAAGCAAGAAAUGCAAACGGCAACUGCACAGAGAAGUCGUGGAAGUAGUUCAGGCAAUUUCAUGGGCCGUGGGAACUUUGGAGGCAGUGGUGGCAGUUAUGGCAGAGGAGGAAGUUUUGGUGGCAGAGGUGGUUACGGUGGCAGCAGUGGUGGUGGUGGUGGCAGCAGAGGAAGUUACGGGAGUGGUGAUGGAUACAAUGGCUUUGGUAAUGGUGGGAACUAUGGAGGAAGUCCUGGGUAUGGCGGCAGAGGAGGUUACGGUGGCAGCCCGACCUAUGGAACCCCAGGUGGUGGAUAUGGUGGAGGAGGUGGAGGCUAUGAUGGUUACAAUGAAGGGGGGAGCUUCGGUGGCAACUACGGUGGAAGUGGAAACUAUAAUGACUUUGGCAAUUAUAGUGGACAACAGGCCUCAAGCUAUGGACCCAUGAAAGGAGGUAGCAGUUUCAGUGGUAGAAGCUCAGGCAGUCCCUAUGGUGGUGGCUAUGGAUCAGGAGGAGGUGGUGGUGGUGGCUAUGGUGGAAGAAGAUUCUAAAAACUAGCAGAAUAAUGGCUACACAGUUCUUAGGAGAGAGCGAGGAGUUGUCAGGAAAGCUGCAGGUUACUUUGAGACAGUCGUCCCAAAUGCAUUAGAGGAACUGUAAAAUCUGCCACAGAAGGAGCGAUGAACCAUAGUCAGAAAAAGUUACUGCAGCUUAAACAGGAAACCCUUCUUAAGGACUGUCAUAGCCACAGUUUGCAAAGAGUGCAGCUAUUGAUUUAAUGCAAUGUAGUGUUUAGAUGUACAUUCCUGACUUUUUUUAAUUUGUUGUUUGUAGCUUUGUCUUUUCUUCAUAAAUCAGGUAUAUUGCCCUGUAAAUUUGUGGUAGUGGUGGUAGUGGUACCAGGAAUUAAAAAUAAUUAAGGAACUUUUAAUUUUUUCCAAUAUUUGUGUAGUUCAGUUUUUUCUCACUGAAACUUCUUUAAAUAAAGAAAUGUAGUUUUAGGGUAUAUUCUUGCUAGGAAAAAAAAUCAGUGCAUUAUAAUCUGUAUUAAUUUAAACUAGAAAUGCUGAAUCAUUUAAGAACCUUAGUUUUCUGCAUAUGUAACCGAAUGAAAUGAGUUGCACAUGCAAAGGGAGAGAAAAGAUGUUUGCAUUAAAGCUUGUUUAGCUGUAUAACUAGGAGUGAGUCAUUUAAACUAGUGCUUGUGAAUGAUAAAAAGCUUUACUUUCAAAUGAAAAUUCCAGAUACUUCUGGCUUGUGCAUAUCUUAAUUUGUAGCCUUUGUUUCUUAGCCUAAGACUUAUAAGUAAAUAAGCCUUGAAAGAGAUACUUUAAAGCUUUAUUCAGUUUGCCUCCCAUUUCAUUGGUAUAUACAGGAACUACAUUAAGCAUUGGCAGAACAGGUUUAUUACUGUUGAGGCUUAACACCCCACCCCCAACCUCAAACAGAUUUAAGUGUGUGUGCACACACACUCUUUUGAAUUAAAACUUUGAAACCAAUGACCUGGGUCUGUUAGCUUAAUUGUAUAACUUCAUUUGUAUAUAUUUCUUCCCUCAAAACUGGUUCAUCUAUAAUGGUCAAUACUUCCUACUUUGUGUAUUUCUGCAUGCCCUCUCUUAUCUGAAACUUACAGCACAGGCACAAUCGCUUCAAGUUCCUUGCAAAUGGGUGUAAAUAUUCUGACCUAUGAACAAACCCAAUACAUUUCACACACUUUCUAAUGCCUUGAUUGUAGGCCUUGAAGGUGAUAUGAAAACCAAAUGGUUCACAAUCUAGCAACAGGAAAUAUCUGGGCUGAACAUGAUACAUAUUUGUCACUAACAGGAGUAUUGUGGGCUAUAAAUCCAUACUUUUAUGCAUCAGAAUCGUGUGUUCAAAACUUGAUAAAAUUCAUAAGCAGGGGUGUGUGGUCUACUCCUUCACUUACCCAAAUUUGUGUACAGCCAUUUCCCAGGCUAUCCUUCUCAACCUGAUCAGACUUCUCUUUUAACUAUUGCCAGAGCAGUGCUUUCUGUCAGUACACAUCCAGAAGAGUAGGGCACAGUGAGUAGAAGAAACUCAGACACUUGCCAGUAUGAUGCUGGAUUUUUUCUUCUGUUACUACUUCUCUAGGCCAAUGAACAGUAUCAGGUAAACAAUUCCAGUAUAGGAAUGGAUUAUCAGACACUAUAAAACGUUGCUCUAAAAUUGUUGUAGGUUCAACCAAAUGUGUAUAUUGGGCUUGUACAAGGCAUACAGUGGUGGUGGUUGUAUAGAAUUCUAUGGUUAAAUCUCAAAAAGUACAAGUGUGCUUAAACAAGGGUCAAGCACUGAUACAGCCCCGGAGUGCUAUAAUAUCAUAAUUGUAUAUACAGCGGUACCUCUACUUACGAAUGACUCGACUUACGAAUGUUUCUACUUACGAAUGGAGCUCCGCCCGCCAUCUUGGAUGCUGUUUAGAUAGGAUUUUUUCUACUUACGAAUUUUUAGAUAGGGUUGCUUCGACUUACGAAUUUUUUCUCCCAGUGCAUUCCUAUGGGAUUUGACUUACAAUUUUUUUCGACUUACAAAUGUGUGUUUGGAACGCAUUAAAUUCGUAAGUAGAGGUACCACUGUAUUAAGGUGGGAGUUGGGUAGUUGGCCAACAGGAAACAAGUGUUCUAUAAUCCAGUAGGCAAAAUGUGUAGAAGGGCAUCACUUUGGUAUUGUGAAAUGGAAUCCUCCCAUUACUAAACUGCAUAUGCAGAUUUCUUCUUAGAAGAGUAGAGUAGAUGUAAAUCACCCCUUUCAGGCCUACUGUUGAUUGUAGGGACAGAACCUAGAGGAUGAGUUUUUCUGUUCUUGUUGGAGUGGGAGAGGGUGGGACCUUGAUGGCACACAGGGGGAGGGGGAAACCAAUUUUAUAGUGUGUUAAUCUGUUCUGCUAUUCUUAAUCAUGCAAUCUGAAAGUUGCCAGUUGUUGGUGCCAGUGACUUAGACCUAGUUCUCUGAUGUGGAGAAGUGUAAGCAGAGGACAGCAAUUAACCAGCUCUAAAGACUUUAGGAUGUACCUCUUAGCCAAUGUGUGGAUCAAAGGAGACUCAGACAGGACUUCCUGCAGCCUAUUGUGUAUGUGGACCAGUCAGCAUAUUUAAAGAAUGACAAGGCAGCGACAGCACCAGCUUCAACUUCCAGAAAAGUGAAAGCAUAAAAUACUAUGCUGAUAGUGAGCAGCUUUCCAAAAGCUAGUUAAAACUGCCUAUCACUGCUGAAAUAUCGAAGAAAGUCUAGCAAGAGUUCUUCACCAGUUGGAACCUCCUUGAGUCAUAGCUACUUGAGUUCACCCAGUCAUAGGUCUAGCAUUUAGACCUGAAAGGAAGGGGAAUGAGAAUAGGUAAGGUUCGUCUCUAACACUUUUAACGAAUUAAAAGAGCUACUCUUUCCUGAACAAGGUAAGAAAAAUCUCUUUGACUUGCAGAUUGUUGAAGAAACUUCUGCUUGACCAGAUGUGGAUUUCUUGCCUGCUGGGAAACCUGUGGCUUGGUAAGACUCUAGUACAAUAUAAAACAUUGAUGUGCCCAUGACUGUAUUCUUGGCUUUGAAUAUCCGGCAUCUGUGAUAAGGAACUAUGCAAAAACCAGGUGAGUGCCAGUACUUAAUCAUUGUACUUCCAUACUAUGAAAUGUGAACAAUGCAGCAUUAAAAUUGUAAUUCUCAUCUGACUGAUGUAUAGGGAAGCUAUAACUGGUGACUUUUAGCACUGAUACAGCUUUAGAAAAUGUUUCAUGUUAUUUUAGUAACGCAAGAAUCCUAAAAGAUAGGUCAGUGUUAUCCAGAUUGCUUAAAGGUGGCUGAAGUGUAGUAGCUUGUCUGAUGAACUGCUUGCUGAAGCAAGAUUUUAUAUGGGACUUAGCCUUGCACAUAGUGAAAUGGUUUCUACUGGAUGUAGCCUUGCACAUAGUGAAAUGGUUUCUACUAGAUUACAUCUUUUGGUAAUAAUUUCCCACAACUUAAAUGAUAAGUAGAUUUUUAAAAUAAAAACUGUAUUUCAUGUUCAUUAGUAGACGGGUAACUCCCCGUUUCCGCAGGGGUUGCGUUCUGGGUCAAAGCACACGUCGGUGGAGUGCGUAUAAGCCUGCCCCCAGCCCUCCUUUUUACAGGUCCAAAAGGACUUGUGCAUCAGUUGGAUGUGCCUAAAAUGAUCACUGCCUGUAAUUAGAUUUGGGCAAAUCCAAUGCAUAAAGUCAACCUGAAUUCUGACCACCUUUGCACACCUGUUGGAACUGCAGAUUUUCUGUUGGUAAUAUUAUUAAUUACUGAAUUUCAGACAAGAAAAUAAUUUCCUCCUCUGGAAGUUGAGUACCUGAUGUCCCUAACAAAUAAUUGGUAUUCAGGUAACCCAAGUCUUUAAGAAUGGCUUCUUAGUACUGUAUCUUGGUUGGGCUUUCCCUGCAUAUCUCAAUAAAUACUUAAAUUCUGUCUUGCCUUAUUCUCCAUCUGUGUUAGGUCUGCAUGCUAAUGAAUGUAGGUUCAUGGUUCCAUAUCUUCUUCCCCUGUUGGGCACCUAGGCUUUUGUCAGCAUUAUAUUCUCACUCCUAUUCAACCAUGAACUUUGACAGGGAACAUUUAUAAUUGUUGACUUCUCCCGUCUUCAGACACACGUGUCAAAUGUAGUGCAAAUGUUUAAUGGGAGAGCACACAGUGCUACAAGGCCACGUCUCUUAAUUUGCCUCUUAUCUAAAACUGCUGCACUAGACGUUGCAGUUUGCUGCUGCCGUUGCCCAGCACCGGAGUGGCAAACGGCAGCUCUGCUUAUUUUCUCUUUUCUAAAAUAGGGACUCGGCCAAGCUGCUUGUGUGCUCAUUUUGCACCUUUCCGCCCUACACACAACAGAACGUAGAUUUGGGGUGAGUGUAUGUGCUUCUGUUUUCUUCCUCCUCUAGUAGGAGGGUGCCGGCUUUGUGCCUAGGAAAGAAAGUCCUGAAUCCUCGGUGAACUUGCUUACGUACUGUCCCAAGGCUGCAUGUUUGGUGAGGUGUUUAGAAGAUUUGGGGAGAGAAGUGCAGGCAGAGCAAGUGUUCUUCAAUAACUAGUUGGCGAAGCUGGGAUACUCCUUAGCUUUACAAUCUUAAUGUGCUAAACUUGCAUUUUCUCUUCUACUCUGCAGGGUAGAACAAAGACAACCAUCUCCACAAGUUGAAAGAGGAUGUGAAAUACGCUGAUAGCCUAUGAUAGGUGAAAGUGAUUGAAGUGUGACAUCUCCCACUCACCUUGUUCAAACUCUUAAAAUAAAGUGUCAUAAAUUAUGAGUUGGCCAAUCUUUCCAAUCGUAUGUGGCUAUUAGGACUUCAUUUCUACAUCACUGCCCGCCCAUUUACUAAAGAUUUCCUUCCAGCUUCCACAGUGUUAAAAUCGAAGAGUUUUGAAUUACUCAAGUGAAUGUGGGUAACCUUCCUUUAGUUGUAUGGACAACACACCCCUGGUUUUACAGCAGAUUUGGCUAGCCUGAUUUAACUGUAAAUAAAUCUCAGCCUUUGAAAGAGAAAAAAAAAUAACCUGACAAAAUUUUAUCAAAUAUUUUUUCACAUUAUAAAAGGGGAAUUCAGGGCUCAGCAAGGCAGUGUCCUGAUAGGGUUGCUGUCGACAGACCUACGUGUAUUGUGUAGUUGGAGAUGUUCUGGAAUACAAUAUUGCAUGUUUUUAAUAAUACGAAUGACAUGCAUUUGUGUCACUCAUGCUUUCACCUGCAAAAAUGUGUGUAGCAGCCGGGAAAGACUUUGUGUAGGAUGAGUAGGCAAUACUAUGAACAGCCUUCAUAACUAAUGUUAUAUACAUACUGUUUUCUAAUUAGUAACAGGUUCCUGCAUACAAAAUGGCCGUAAAGCUAAAGAAAUUACAGCACUACUUUUAAAGGUUUAAAAGGGUGCUUGAAAUCCAUGAAACUGAAGUACACCAUUGCUUGCAUUUAAAUAAUAAUAAUCAUAAGUAGCUAUAGCUGUAAUUUGAAGUUUGAAAGCUUAUAAAGUCACCCUAUGUGUACUUAAUUUGGCUUCUUCGAAACUACUUUGGUCUUCAGUUUGUGUUUUUUAUUCUAAUACAGUAUCAAACUACAGGUAAUAAUAUUAGGUAAGGAAUAUUAUUUCGGGUGAGAUUAAUUAACUACUGCCAUUUCCAGUGCUAGUUUGAGCUGCUGCACUAAUAAAAAUAAAAGCUGUAUCCUGUACUCCAUAACAUAAUGAGUGACCUCUAACAGAGUCAUUGAGUCCAACUUUCAGUGUAGGGAUAUUACCCAUCAUGGCCAAACUCACGUCUUUUGAGAUUAAGAGUGAAACAUUACACUAAGUAAAAAAUUGUUGCACGGUGAGACAUGUUGGAUGUCUCACCCAUUAGCUUUCCAGUAGGGAUGUCCAACAGGUUGAUUGCGAUCUACUGGUAAGAUUCCCUGCAAUGGCAUGGUAGAUCUCUCUAAAAAAACCUCAGCAACUUUGACCUGAACCCCCACAAAACGGGGCUUUUCUCCCUAAAAAAAGUUCAACAACUGAACCCCCCCAGUUCAGGGGGUAGAUCAUUGCCAGAUUUUAAUUCUGAAAGUAGAUUCUCAGGAGUUGGCCACCCCUGCUCUACAGGUAUAUUGGCCCAAGUUGAAACCCUUGUGGUAAGGCCACAUUCUAAUGAAACAAUCUAGGCCAAGAGUAUAUGCAGUUUAUUUUUUAAUGUACAAAAUCUAAAAAUUAUUACUUAGAGCAUACAUUUGUAUGCAAAGCAAAAUUUCAGCUUUAAGGACACAAUCCAGCCCCAAAUUAAGCAUAUUGAUGCUCCAUUCAUUUCAAUGAAAGAACAGUUUUAAUUCUUGUAAUGAGCCUCCAGUUAUUUUGGCUGGGCUGAGCCCUACAAUACUCCUUUAGUAUGUGUGUUUACUAACACUACAUUCAAUCUCUUAUAUUAAAGCAAAGCGUAAAAAUUUUCAAGGAACUGCAAACAUUCCAUUCAUAUCAUAUCAAACAAUGUUUAUGAAAACAAGAUUGGUCUUGUAAGUAAUUAGGAUUAAAAGUCUUAAAUCACCCUUGAUAUACAGUUAGGUAAAACAAAUUAUAGGAACAGUAUAUAAAUAAGAAAUUUUGAAAUAUUUACACUAGAACAGGAACUAGCCGAGUUGCUGCUAUAUAAAAAAAAAGAACUAGUAUCUUAUAAAAUUACUACCCAUUGUGCAUACAUUUGCCUUACACCGAUUUUAAGUGUAUUCAUAUAGUUAACGCUAAAGAGACAUUUGUGUAAAGUCACUUUGGGGGGGGGAGAAAUAUUUUGCAUCCUAGGAAGUCCUAGGAGUAGAAAAUACAAAUUGAAAAAAUAGUUGUUGAGAGAACAUUAGUCUCCCUGAUCUUCAUAUUUUAGUCUCUGGCUUCUUGCUCUUAGGAAUAAGAAAGAUGGUGCCAUCUCUUGUUUGCUGCAGUGAGUAAUCAUUAAGUGAAUAAGGCUUGCCAUCUUCAUCCCGAAGCAUACGGAAGACCUCAACGUACAGGGUGCUCAGCUGCUUUUUCAGCAGUCGCAAGCUCUUGUCGUUUUCUGCUUUCUCUUUGAGGAGCUUCUCUUUCUCAUCCUUGAGAUAACCUAAGUCGUGCUCCAGCUCGGUUAUGUUUUCCAGUUUCCUUUUGCGGCAGUUCUGAGCAGCCACUUUGUUCUUGCCUCGCCUUCGUAUGUCACGAAUCAGAGUAAGCUGUGCCUCACUGAACUGCUCCUUGGACAUCAUUUCAUUGAAGUCAUCCACAGGGAGAUUGAUUAUUUUUUCAAUGGGGAAAGGGAUACACAGAGCUUUUGCCCUAAGCUCAUCUCUGCUGAAAUGAGCAUCAAGUUGGCUGGAGGACUUGUCCUUCACAAACGGAGCUUCAGCAUGACCAGGGUUUUCAGGCAAUUCUUUUUUGGGUAUACUUGUGAGCUGCGAUUCAGGAUUUGAGACGCACUGUCCUGGCGACGGAGACAGCGGAGCAUAGAACUGAAAUGAAUGCAUUUUAGCAUUGCUCUGUGGCACGCUUCCAGGAGCACUAUCCAUCUCUUCCAUUUCAGAAUCGCUGUAUCCAAAUCCUGUAUCUCUAGAGAUGGAAGAUGACCCAACAGAAUGAGUGGGAGAUGUUGUGCUGGGACUCGCAUUCAGCGAAAUGCCAGAAUCAGAAUCGUUGCGUUCUGGGGCAUUUCCUGAAAGGUCACGGUUAAAAGCUUUGCACUGAGCAAACUCUGAAAGAUCGAUAGGUUCGUUUAAAAAUCCAGCAAUUGCCUGGUCCACAAAAUUUGGUGGUGGGGGAGACGUGUUCAUAUUCACACCAACGAAGGAAGAGUAGAAAUCCUCAGGAAAAUCAGUGCUUGUGCAUGAUGUGGUGUUUUGGCUAAGAUCUUCUGGCAGUAGCAUGCUGGAAAAGGAAGAUUCCAGAGGGCUCAGGUACUCUGGACUGCAGUUAGCAACUUCUUUCUCCAUAUCAGGUAAUGAAUCAUAAAAGCUAAAGUUCAUAUCAGCCUCUGCUGAUGCAUUUUCCAAGCAUGCAUUUGGGGUUACUUCAACCAGGUUAUUAUUCUGAAUGUUAAGGCACUAUAAGGAAAUAGGAGAGAGAAGUUCAGCAAUGAUAUAUACAGGAUGAAGUUUUACCGUGUGACAGUUAACAUUGUGCACCUAGCAAGCUAUCCAGUCAAUGCAUUUCUUGUGCUUUAGAGGUGAUACAUUUGGCUGUUGUCCCUUUUUUCUAUUGCUUCUGUAUAUCCGACGGGGCCAGAAGAACUGGCCAUACAAAGCAGGAAUUGGGAGAAAUGCACGCAACUGCAAACACUCCCUUUUAGCCUGUGUAAACUUCUAUGAUGUGAAUAAUUGGGAUAAGGGGAAAGGGAGGGGCAUCUGAGACGUUGGAAACUAUAGCUUGCAGCAUUUUGCUUUUUCAGUCACCUGUUGCCUUUCACUAUACCGAAGUUGCAUUCUAAAAAGAUGCCUGCCAUAUACAGUCAUACCUCGACAUCCGAACCCUUUGACUUUCAAAGGUUCCGACUUCCAAAGUCGACAACCCCCGGAAGUCCUUUCGCCGUGCGCGUGUUCUGUGCAUGCGCAGAAGUGCGAAAUCGCGCGUGCGCUGUGGCGGCACUUCAACAUCCGAAAACCUCAACUUACGAAGACGGCUGUGGAACAGAUCGUCUUCGUAAGUCGAGGUACCACUGUAUUUAAAUAAGUUAUUGGAGGCAAUCUUCCCUCAAGUAAACAUUUCUGUAUUAGGAAUUUGCAUCUUCCCGUUUACAUUCCUACCCCCACCUUUAAAAAAGUUGCUUUAAUUUCCUUGAUAGUUGUGGAAGUCACUGUUGCUUUGGAGUACAGUGGUACCUCGGGUUGCAAACACUUCAGGUUACAGACUCUGCUAACCCAGAAGUAGUACCUCGGGUUAAGAACUUUGCUUCAGGAUGAGAACAGAAAUCAUGCUCUGGCGGCACGGUGGCAUCAGGAGCCCCCAUUAACUAAAGUGUCUCAGGUGAAGAACAGUUUCAGGUUAAGAAAGGACCUCCAGAACAAAUUAAGUUCUUAAACCGAGGUACCACUGUACUCACUCGACAAUGUUUUUUUUAAAAAGCUGCAUGCUUUCUCUUCCAUGUCUACUGUCUUAACAUUUCAUGGGCUGGAUAAAGCUGAGAAAGGGCUUCAGAGAAGUCUUCAGCUGCUUAUCUAAAGAGGCAAUACCUUGGCAGAAACGCUAAUCACUCCAUUCAUUGUGCAAAUUGAAUGUUCCGUAGAGAAAAGUGCUACAUAGUGAACUGGGGUUUCUGUUCAGCUUCUUGGAAGUGCAAAACAAACGCUAUUCCCCUCCUUGCUGUACAGACCCUAGGAAAACCAGUAAAGCAAGCCUUACUAGGGGAUAGUAAGCCCCAAGCUCAGUGGAGCUAAAUUUACAUGAACUCACUAGGCUCAGCGCCUCCCGUCAACUAAGUCAGGUGCUUUGAAGACCCAGCCACGCCACUGUUCACCCUUCUCCCUGCCAGGCUCCCAGGUGCUUUUCAGCAAUGGGCAGUAGUGCUGCUUUUAAUCAGUCACCAGUUUUCCAUCAGGCAGCGGCUGCCCACCAUCUUGGUUACACAAAAUGAGGGGCCCCAGCCCGUGAGCUAUAAAAUUUAGAUCUAUUGGCCAGGGCAUUGCAUUUUAGGUAACACAAGAUGGUGGCCUGCUAGAAUGGAUCAGUCAAGCCUAAGCACAAUUCAAAAAAGUAGUGCAGCCCCACAGAAGCAUGUUUCGGAGGC